AUGACGGCUUCUGACCUCCUCGUCCAUGGAUCCCACCUCUGGCCGCAUGUCAUCGAGCUCGGUGCAGACGGAAAGCAGGUAUACGCUGCUCCCUACAUUACACUGUCCUCUCUGCGCAGUGUUGCUCCUGAUGGCUGGAAUCUGUUCGUUCAUCCCCGAGGCUCCAUGUACUUCCGACACAAGACCUGCCAAGUAGUCGUAGAUGAAGACAUCCGCCUUCCAACCCUCCUCGCCAGCGCAGAGGCCUUCUGCGCCCUGCACGCGCCGGUCAGAUCUGGGAGCGAAAUAGAAGCUUACAUGGCCGCAGGUGUAGAGGCCUCUGUCUGCCUGUUCAUCAAUCACCACCAGUGCAUGGCAAGCUUUGACUACCACAAGCUAUCGCACUCGGCUCUCAUGAAUAUCUCCGUGGAUGUCUUUUUGCGUUACAGGCGUCUGUAUUGGAAUUUUGUCCUCAACCACCCCUCCCAUCGUCCAUGCCAUUCGCGCGGACCGCAAGAGGCGAUCGACGCUUUGCGUUCAUACUUGCAUGACCAUCUCAUUUAUGGUCGACGCAACAUAGCACCCUUUUCACAACCCGAGUGCCAACAACUUCUCGAAAUACUUCAACCUCUUGAGAUCUACCGUCUGCAAGAUUCUGCUGAGCUUUCGCAGCCGUCUGUGUCGUGCCUUGUGGGUUGGGUAUUGAAGGACGUUUACAGCUACCGAUCUGGCCUGCGAUACGGUCAACUAACUUGGCCAGAGCUCAGAUCUUAUUUGCGAACAAUGCACGAAGGGCCCGGGUUUGCAAAAGAACCGCCUUUGAUAACCGCCAUAUUCCUGCGACUUAUUAUCAAUGGUCUUUGUUUCGGGAUUCCUUCUACCUAUUUAGCUCACGUCAAGAAAGCUAGUGAAUUCCGGGGGCACCUCGUCGGCCUACGCAAAAGCUGGGAAGACUAUACGCGCCAGCUGGUCCAAGAAUACUCGGAUUUUGUCCUUGUCGUAAGUACAGUCUAUUCAACAUCGACUGUCAGUCUGCUGUCCAUCGGCGACAUUCAAGUCGUCGCACAAUCCGCAACGCUUCUUUCAGCGUUUGCUGCUUUGGGAAGUACCACGGUCGGCGUUUUCUUCGUGUGGCGACACCAACGGAACACUCAAAUGCCGUCCUCGUUCACAUAUUUGCAUAACGCACGGACUAGUGCGUUAGGUCUUUCAGGACACGCUAUCAUUCUCAGCCUUCCCCCGGUGCUGCUGGUAUGGUCAAUCAUCACAUUCGCCGUGGCCGUACUGGCCUAUACACUUCAAAACCUCAUUGAAGUUCCCGCGUCUUCAUGGGUUGUCAUCUGCGGGUUCGUGAUGGUAGUUGUCGCCAUCAUAGUGGGUGUGUAUACAUUCUCUACAAUCUGGACAUGGCAAGGACAAGAACCUUGGUGGAGAUAUUUGUGUUGCUGGCCUCGACAUCGACGAAAAAUAUGA